ACACAAAGGAAUGGUUAUUUAGAUGAUCUUUUGCUGACAAAUAAUAAAGGAAUUAAAAAAAUGUUGAACGUAUUUUAGCAAAGAAAGUGCCUUUGAUAACAGACAAAUUAAAAAAGUUUACAAUCCCGACCACCAGGGGCGCUACUAGCGAGUAUGUUUCGCUCGGAACUGGACGCAUACACAUUCAUUAUCGCUUUUUCUACGAUAUCUGAACUGUUUGUUCAAUUUUUAAUUGUCAAAAACAUGAAAAAUAAAAGUUCUUGAAGCGUAAUUUCCACAAUAAAGUUCUCCGCACCGCCUAAAAAGGAAAAUAUUUAAAACAAAACAUAAAUCCACCCCGCAAACGGUCAUCCGUAUGUAUGCGUGCACGUCCGCGCGGUAUACCCACUGUGCAGAAUAAGCAAAGUUUUUGUCAUCCGAACUAACGCGAUGAUCCGUGCCGUGCGAACAUUCGGUCCGAACGUAGCAUCACGGAUAACCGAGCGUUAGGUGUAUUUUGUGUAAACUUUCCGAGACGUCGGACGCAUUGUGUUUUCGCUCGCGCUGUGUUGAAGAUUUUUCCUGCGUAACAUUUUCCGCCGCUUGAUGCGCAUAGGAAAAAGAAACGCGACAAACCCCAUCGGCAUGGGAAAUUGAGCAUAAAGAAAAAAAGAAACAAACCAAACCCUCUUACCAAGCAAAUAGUGUUUGCCGUACGAGCAUAGUAGAAAAUGGUGCGUGCGAUAUUCCCGAUCCGCGUGUGUGCGUCUGUACGUCGCGAUUGGAAUACAAGUGCUUUGCCAUCGAGGUUUUGAUUGGCGUCUCGCGGCGUCUAGAAUCGUUCGGCUGUGCGUACGUGCGUGUUUGUGUGUGUGUGUGUGCGCGCGUGUAGUCGUAUGAGAGUGCGUGAAUGAUCCUGAAUUUGCCGUGCAAGAAAUGGCGUUCGAUGGGUGCGUUCUUGGAACUAGCAGCAUCGAGUGCGAAUGAAUAGGAGCAAAAAUAAAGGAAAAAAAAACAACGCAGCAUCCGUGUGCGGUGAUUUCGGCAAAACAGUGCAGCGGUGAUCCCCACCAUCAGUCGGUGCAAGUGAAUAAAGAGGGUGAAAAAGAAAACAUCUCACUGUGCACGGUGCCCGGUCACCCGGUGAGCAGCGAGUAUAGCAAAAAGUGCAUUAAAAAUAUUCUUUCCUCAGCAAAUGUGAAUGAAAUGUGCGCUCACGGCAUAUGCAUUUAGCGGUGUAAGAAUAAGAUUAAGCAUUCCGCGUGGAGCGUGCUGAAAGAAAUGAAAAAAGAAAGAACGGGGAAGUGAGCAGUGAGAAUAUUUUCCCCGCACAGUGAAAUUGCAAUAGUGAGCAGCACGAUCACACGAUCUCUCUCUGGCAUUGAGUGUGCGAGAGCGACAGGUGCAAUAGUCGCAUAAGUAAGUGCCCGAAUGAAGUGCAUCUUGCAUCGUGUUUGAAGUGCAUUUUCGAUAAGUGUUUUAAGUGCGUGUCUGUGUGUGUGCGUUACGCCCGGCGACUCUUUUCGAGCUCUGCGGGUCCGUCAUUAAGUGAGUUUAGCUUUUGGGCUUACUCAUUGAUUAGCUUCUUGGGUCUGGUGUUGUGAUUGUUGCGCAUAGGCAACAACAGCAAAGAAACCACAUAAGUUUGUGAUUGUGUUUUUGGCCUGAGACCUGUACGUGCAUCCUUGCAUUCCGACGACGCCGACGACAAACGAUUCAUUAGAGACGGCGCGCCAUUUGAAAAUUCACACACAAAAACUGGACGAAACUUAUUUGCAGCAUACGAUACAUAAUGGGCAACGAUGGAUUUUACCCUUAGCGGCACAGAAGCUGCUGCCUGCCCGCUAGACGCCGUUAGUUAGCUCGAAAAGACCACGAGCUUACGGGAAGUUUGUCUGCUGCCGUGGAAGAUGAUGCAGCUAGUACUGUCGGAGCAGCAGCAAUUGGACGUACAGCAACGGCAACAGGAAGAACCGGGAGCAUCCGGAGGCGGACUGCAACUGCAACCGCAACGGCCGGCAAGGAACACUCGCCACCAGAGUCAUCAUCAUCAUCAGAAGCAGCAGCAUCAUUAUCGGGCCCGUCGUCAGUGUCGUGACUGUGCCGAUCAGCAGCAGCAGUGCGCGGCGGUGCUGGCGGCUGCGAUCACAAGUCAAAAGGCACCGCAAUUACGUUGACCGUGCAAUCACCAACACCGCGCACUAUUAGGCAGUAGUGCCGCCCAAUACACGCGGCACACGCGGCUUGGAAGCAAUCGGCGUACGAUGCAGCAGUGGCAAUGAGUGCGCGAUAUCCUCUAGCAGGACAACAAACCUAUUUGUCAGCGGCAUUUGUCAAUAGCUUCAUUGAUAGGCAAAUUUUCAAGCGAAAAACAAUCGACGUGUUUGGAAAGGAUAUAAAUUAUUGUAUAGUUUUGCCGUACGCAAAAAAGGCAAUACAACACUAAGCAAAUACUACUUCUACUGGAGUGUAGUAGAAUUUAACGAUGGAUCUGUAUGAUCGAACCGAACUCGAUAGGAGGAGAGAAUUGCUUCACCUGCAGCGAAGAGAACGUAAGCGACAGCGAAAUGAAACUAGAAGAAAGCAAUCGGAAACCGGUAAUGAGAUGUCGUGCACUGCCGGAAGCGACCGGGUACGGAAUAUCCUUAGCAAAGCUCCAGGUGAAUUGCCCGAGGAGUUUGGAACGUCAAACACCUGCGACCCUUUGCGAGUAGCGGAAGAAGCACAAUCGUGUAGUAAGCGUGACAGCUGUACCGAUACCAACGAUGACCUGCAUGGUUUUAGUACGGAUUUGAAUGCAACUCGUUCGCCCACCAUCUGUUGGCGGCGGAACACACUACGCAGCAGUCAGUGUACACGUAGCCGGCGCCGACGAAAAAUGACGCCAAUUAGCAGUAGUCCUUGGUGGCGGCAAGCCUUUAUUACCGGUGCCAUCUUUUUGCUAGCGCUACUGCCAGCGACUAUUGCGGGAACUCCAAAGUACGAAACGGCGUACGCUUGCGAGGGCAAAACGCUUAUGAUCGAGUGUGAACCGGGUGACUUGAUCAAUCUAAUUCGGGCCAAUUAUGGCCGGUUUUCAAUCACCAUUUGUAAUGAUCACGGUAAUGUAGACUGGAGCGUUAACUGCAUGUCACCGAAAAGCUUGCGGGUGUUGCACUCGAAGUGUGCCCAGAAGCAGAACUGCUCCGUACUGGCGUCGACCAGUAUGUUCGGUGAUCCGUGUCCUGGUACGCAUAAGUAUCUGGAAGCACACUAUCAGUGCGUAUCGGCCGCACAGUCCUCCACUACAACGAAUCGACCGAGCCCGCCGUGGCUUAAAACGUCACAGCCGAUCGUUUGGAGUACGUCCACUGUACGCAGUCCGGUAUUGAGCCGGUUAAAUCUAACCACCGAUCUGGGGGGAGGCGAAGUUGCGGUAGUAGCGGCUGUCACUCCAGCCCUAUCAACACCACCAGCAACGAUACGACCCGCUGGCGGUGGUGUAGGAGGAAACGCAGGCACAAAAACCAGUCAAUCACCGACCACCUUCCGCAAUAAGGGUUUCGAGAACAAGAGCGUUAAUGAUGAUCUUGCUAUCAUUAAGACGAUUGCAGAUCGAAAGAAAGGAAGCGGCCCGGUAGAUCCACUUGGUCCCAGAGCACCGUCUGGUGGAACAGAAGAUGGUGUAGCUCCGGCAGGUGGUGCUAACCCGAAAGAGGAGGAAGAUGACGACGGUGCGGAUUUGUUUCCCACCCAAACGGCAGUAUUAUCCGGUGCGGCUGCACCACCGGGCAUCGCCGUACGGAAGGAUCCCGUCGGUACGACCGUGAAUGGUGGUGCUAACAUUCAGAUCGACAUCAGCCAUGCAUGCGGACCCAGUACUGCACGCAAUCUGUUCUGGAAUGUGACGCGCGUUGGCGAAGUGAAUGUGCAGCCGUGUCCGGGUGGUGCUACCGGCAUCGCCAAAUGGCGCUGUGUUGCGAUUGCUUCGCUCAGUCCGGAGCAGCGCGUCCAUCUGCAGCAGGAACACCAGCAGAUGCUGCAGAUACAGCAGGCCACACAGCAACAGCAAUCGGGUGGUACCGGCAGUUCGGGCCCACCGUCAGCGAACGAUAGCGGUAGUGGCAAAGGUGAUAUUAGUUUUAGUAGCAACAGUGUUGCCCUUAGCGAUAAGCAAUCGAUGGUCGGUGCCGCUACCUGGUACGCAUACCGACCGGACCUAACGCAGUGUCGAAGUCUGUGGCUAAACAAUCUCGAGGUGCGCGUACAGCAGCCAGAAUCGUCCCUUAUCUCAAUUGCGAACGAUCUGGCACAGGUGACGAGCAGCAAAACGUUGUACGGUGGCGAUAUGCUCGUCGCUACCAAGAUUAUACAGACGAUGUCGCAGAAGAUGCACUACGAUAUCGAGACAAUACCAGACCAGCGGCAACGGGAAGCGCUGGUGUUCGAGCUGCUUAAUAGCGUGGUCAAAACCGGUAGCAAUCUGCUCGAUCAAUCGCAGCACGCCAGCUGGUUGGAUCUGAGCGUCGAGGAUCAGAUGCGUGUCGCAACCUCACUGCUGACCGGGCUGGAAGACAACGCGUUCCUGCUUGCCGAUACGAUUUUGCGCGAAAAGCACGUCGUGCAGAAGGUGAAGAACAUUCUGCUCUCGAUACGCGUGCUCGAGACGCGCAACUUCGCCAAGAGUACGGAGCUGUUUCCCGAUUCUUCCACGGAACGGUGGCAGGUUAGCAACGAUCAGAUCGAACUACCAAAGGCGGCACUGAUCGAGAACAGUGAGGGUGGGCUGGUACGCAUCGUGUUCGUAGCGUUUGAUCGGCUCGAGCAGAUACUGCGACCACAGUUCAGCAAUAUUCAGCAGCAACAGCAGCAUGGUGGCGGUGCCGGAGUGUCCUCGGUGCGUGCCGAGCCAAGUCAGCAUCGGCAUCUCGAUACCGAGGGAAUCGCAUCAGCAAACGUUGCCGGGCUCGGCGGUGGCAACAUUGAUCGGACACACGACGGUAGCGUUGGAUCUUCGGCUGCCGGUGGCGCAGGCACUCGAACUGAUUCGACAUCGCAGUCCGAUAUCGCGGCGACGCCACGCUUGCGAUUGCUCAACAGUAAGGUUAUUUCCGCCAGUCUCGGCAAAGGCCGGCACAUACAACUUUCGCAACCGAUUCGCAUGAUUCUUCGUCAUCUGCGCACCAAGAACGUAUCGAAUCCGACGUGCGUAUUCUGGAACUACAUCGAUCAUGCAUGGUCCGAGGAUGGUUGUCACGUGGAACACACCAACAGUACGCACACCGUGUGUAUGUGUAACCACUUAACCAAUUUCGCCCUGCUGGUUGAUGCGGUCGACGAUGAGACGCAGCUCUCGCUGCUAUCGAACCUGGAUGAUAGUUUACUGCUGUACAUCGGUAUUGCAGUGCUGGUCGUCAUAGUGGUCGUUGCACUCUUCGCACGCAAACUCUGUCACGGUGCCGUUCUCGCUAAGCUGCGUAACGGUGGCCCAGAAUCGAGCGGAGGUUUGCGUGGCGGUACUAUCGAUCGCGAUCCUGCCGGAUUGUCGAUAUCCGCCCAUCACGGUACGGUGGCGGGACGGUUGCAUCAUCAUCAUGGCGGUAGCAACAAUGCGGGUGUGGAUCUGCAUCAUCCGACCAUCCCGACACCGGGCCAUCACCAUCAUCACAUGGUGCAUCAUCAUCUUCCAACGCCGGGUACCGGCCAUCAUCUGCUGGUAGCGGACGAUUUCCAUCAUCAGCAGCAGCAGCAACACCCGGUCAACAAUCUGCACAAUCAUCAUCCGAAUAAUUUGGGCAGCAAUCAUCACGCGAACAGCAACAAUCUGGUGACGACCACCUUCAACAACCUGAACGGCGGCGGCGGAAUUGGACCCGGCAACUGUUCCCCUUCACCGCCGGGCAGCGGUUACGAGCAUCACCAUCCGGCGCAUCAUCUCGCCCGGCUGAACAAUAAUGUAAAUGUUAACUUUAAUAGUAAUAAUAAUAGUAGUAUUAGCAGCACUAACAAUACCAAUCAUCACGCACAACAACAACAGCAGCAGCAGCACCAGCAGCAACAGCAGCAGCAGCACCGGCAGCACCAACAAUCUGCACCAUCAGCCAACGCACCAUCUGCAGCAGUCCUCCUUCAGCAGCAACAGCACCACCACCGCCACCACCACCACCAACCGCAAGCUGCCGCAACCGCCGCUGGUGCCAUCCUCCUACAAGGGCUCGGCAGUGAUGGCGGCCCAUCAUCACCAUCAGCAUCAUCUCUAAUCGCGUCCACCUCGCUGAUAACGACUACGCUCGCAACGGUACCGGCCGGCACGUGUCAGCAGAUGUCACCGGUAGGCAAAGUGAGCGGCGGCGGCGGUGGCGGCGGCAGUUUGGAUAGUAGCGGAAGUGAUCAUAGCAGCGGGAGUACCACCGCCGCUGAGAUGGUAGCAUACAAUCUGAGCGGUGAGAUCGGUGAUGGUGCGGCUGUAGGUAACGGUGGUUCCCCUGGCCAUCAUCUACAUCUACACCAUCAUCAGGGCAGUAUCGGGAGCAGUGCGUCCUCGGGUUUGCUAGUAGUUGCUGCGGGCAGUAAUGUCGGUGGUACGGUGAGUGCUGGUACAGUCGGUACGAUAACCUCGUCCGCCUCGUCGAGUGCGAGCGCUAGUGUGCCGCUACUGCACCAUCACCACCAUCACCAUCUGCAUCACCACCUGCAUCAGCAUCUGCACCCGGGCGGUUCUGCAUCCGAUCUUACCUCCGUACCCAUCCCUAGCAAACGGAACCUCUGAGUUGACCGUUCGAUACGCUGAUAGGUGAUCUUCUGCACAUCGCCUGGCUAGGCACGUUCCGGGUUUGGCUGUUGAAGCGAUUGGACUAUUAGCAAAGGCUGAACACUGGCUGGUAUCCGAUGAGAUAGAUCGUUGAUGACAGCAACAAUGGCGAUUGAACGAGGUGAAAAACACAGCAGUAGACGGGACGAGUACAACGACGACGACGAUGCUCCAUCGAACCGGUAUGUGGAUCGCAAUCGGUAUGGAUUAUUGUUUGUAUGGAAAAAAAAGCAAUCAGUCUUAUCGUUGUGUUGUUGUUCUGUUGUACUACUGUUGUUGUUGUUGUUGUUGUUGUUGCGUUUUAUAACUUUUUUUAUGUUUUAUCUUACCGUUAUGCCGUUUCUACGCUUGUUUCGUUACGAUCGCUAGCACUUUGUGUUCGAUAUGUUCAAACAUGUACGAUUAUGUAAUUUGCGUUUGGAUAUAAGGAUAGCAAUUUUUAUUAUUUUUUAUUUUCUGUAUAAUGUAAAACUUUCUUAUUUAAUUGUUGUUUAGUGUUUCGUGUGUUAUACAGUCGGAAUGAUAGGAAGCAAUCAAGCAAGAGCGCGUGUACGUUUAUGCGAAUCAAACUGUGUGUAUUAUUUAUAAGCUUUAGUUAGAUUAUUUAGCUUGUUCUUCUCACUUCUCACGUCUUGAACUCACGUGCUGUGUGUGUGCGCGCACACUUCUAGCAUCUGUGUUUUCAGUGUUUGUUGCUUUUUUAGCAUUUUUAUUCUCCUGCAACAACCACUAAAUCAUUCCCUCAUUUUCACACCCCGUUUAAAAAAGGGCACAGAAGUGUAUUGUUACAAAGCAACGAUGUAACAACAUUUUGUCAGUUGUAUGUGCACUCCUAUAAAUGUCAUUUGCUAGUUGCUCAUACUGUCCCUAAAUGUAUGCAUUUAUAGUGAUGGUCUCAGAAAGAAAGCGGGAGAGAAGUGACGGAACGCACGGGAAAACGAUCUUGUCUGAUGGACGCCCCCCCCCCCCGGCCCAUCUCAUUCCUGCACGACUGCACGUUAGAGUUUUGGAUGAACAAAAUAUUGUAAAACUGGUAAAAAAAAAACAAAUGCAUUGUAAAUAGUAUUUUCUACGCCACAAUGGGCGGCGAAGAAGGAAAAAAAAUCACUGUGCGCAGAAUGCACAGAAAUCUGUCACGAAACAUUUUUAGGAAGAAUGAAUAUCUGAGAGUGAUGGUGUACUAGUUGUGUGGCUACGGCUGCAAGGUUAAUAGGAACAUAUUUAAUAAAAAAAAAGCAAACAAAACAUGAUACUACUGAAACUAGGAAUCGUUUACAAGAUGUCAUUUGUGGAUUUCCAUCGUGUCACUCAAGCAAGCAAUACAUACCAUCUUCAACUACCCAUGACAUGAUUAGUAGUGUUUUGUUACAACAGAAAAAACAAAAGCUAAAAUAAAAACUAAACAGGGAAGACGGAGCGUAAUAGGAAGCAAGGAUAGAUGGUGAUAAUGAAGCGAGUGAUAGAAUCAAUCAAUCAAUGUGUGUUGGUGGCUGAAUGUAUAAAACAAAAAAAAACAAGUAAGAAACACAAUUGUAUAGCUAUACUAAUCGUAAGCGUUCGUAAAUCGCGCAGUACCACAAGAAUCUAGUUUUAUUUAACACAAGCCACUAGAGAAGAAUUUUCCUAGACGGAAUCAGCAAAUGGACAAGGGUCUUAAUGGUAAACGUUGUUAGUUAGUGUACUCUCACCACACCGAGCGCUUUAGAUGCAUACUUUCCCGCCAAGUCUCGCCAGCCCCGCCCUUCGACGCCCUUGCGCCACCUCUUUCUCCUACAUCUCCCUACUCCUACAUCUCGUUGGACAAGGGAAAACUGAACCUAUGGGCCGGGGUGUAUGUAACGCACGGCCCAAGCUUUUUAAAAACCUUCAUUCCGCGCGAUCGCGUAAUCGUUUGUUGGUGGUCCCUUAUAUCACAGUAAAGAAGAGCAUGUGCGACGCGCACAUAAAUUAUUGAGUUUUAUUCAAGGGGCUUAAAUAAAAACAAAAAAAAACACACACACACUGAACAGGCGCAGGCACAUUAAAAGGGGCGAAAUCAAGCCGAAGGUGAUGGAACAAUCCUACUCAACCACGCCGUGAUUUGAUUGUAGCGCGGCACAGAAAUCAUCAAAUAUGUAUACACAAAGAUCUUCUCACACACGCCACAGAGACACACAACGAACAUUGUGCGGUUUGCGCUCUGUUCGGCAGGAAAAAAAAGGGGAAACAGCCCCUACAAUCGAUGAUGCAGAGAGCCCCGAUAGUGUGGAGCAAGGGCUUCUAAAUCCCUUGUCCAUCUUCCCGCACGUACCAUAGGAAUGCGAGCUAGGAAAGGAUGCAAAACUAGGAAAGAAGAAAUAAAACGAAAACUGGUUGAAAAAUGAA